AUGAGCUUCAAUGAGACACUUUUGUGUGCUCUGAUCAUGGCUUUGGUCGUAGCACUGAUGCAUAUGCUUUAUCGUUUCGAGAUUGCGAGAGCACAGGUACAGUAAUUCUUUCCCUCAGAGUAAUUAUUGAAUUUUUCAGUAUCGGGCCUUCAAAGAAAUAGUGAAAGAAGCGAUGGACACACUGAAAAUGGCGCACGAGGUGAAUUUGACGGCCGAGAGGAACAAGGCGACCGCGCAUUGCCUCAAAAUGAGGAUGCAGCACAGAGACUUCAGUUCGAAAGUUGGCGGUCUUCAACGGAAAUUAAGGGAGAGCAACUGGCACAUGAAGACUUUGAAGGAUAAAGUUUACUCGAUGGAGGGCGCUGAAGAGGACGCGACCGAAUUGGAGAACGCAUUGAUCGACGCGAGAGAACUGAUGAGAAAGGUGAGUAGAUCGGGGACCGAUGCGAUCGAUGAGAUCAAUAAUUGCAGAAGGAUCAGACCAUCGAGACACUCAAGAAACAACUGAACGACUCUCAAUCAAUGCGGGCGGAUAUGCAAUCAAAGUAUCUGAUUAAGAUCCGUUACCUGGAGAAGCAGCUCGAAUUGAGCGAGCUGGAGGACAAAGAGAACAACGUGUAUUGA